UAGCAGUAAACCCCAAGCGCAACUCGGUCCUCCUACUCUCUCCCAAAAAGAGAGGAGCGAGAGAAAACGCUGAAGACGGAAAAGAAAGAAAGAGUGGUCUUUGCCAAAUUAGUGAGUGAGCGAGUAAAGCGUGUGUUUGCGCCCCUUCUUAAACACAAAACACAGGCACAGCAGCGAUAAUUCAAAAACAAAAACCGUUAAAAAAUAAAAACAAAGGACCGUUAAAAUCGUUCCCGCCAAUCGCCAUGGUCCCUCAGCUUGAGCACCACCGUCAACAAGACUCUCCAGCCACCUCCACCUCCUCCACGCUAGAAGACCAUGUUCAGAAGACAAAGUCUCUGAUCUCUGCCCUCAAUUUUGUCUCUCGCGAUCUCCCUCUCCCUCCUGAUCUCUUCGACACCGUCUCUUCAAUCUAUUCAGAUGACGGCAACGCUGAUUUUGACGGUGGGACCCAAGAUAAAAGCCGAUUGCAGGGUAAUCCUGGGAUUUCCAUCAGAGGUGAUUUGAUGACUGAAUUUGAGGAUGCACUUUCAAAGCAAAGGCCAAAUUGCAUGUCGGGUUUUGCUCUUGCAGAAUUGAGGGAAAAUCGAUAUCAAAGCCAUAUUCUGCAUCGCAUAAAUGAACUUGAAGAACUUUCUUCAACCAGAGGUGAAGACCUGCAGAUGAAGUGCUUACUUGAACUUCAUGGACUAAAGCUAGCAGAGUUGCAGAGCAAAGUUCGAUCUGAAGUGAGUUCAGAGUACUGGCUUCGUUUGAAUUGUACGUUUCCUGACAAGCAACUCUUUGACUGGGGUAUUAUGAGAUUGCCUCGUCCAUUAUAUGGUAUAGGAGAUGCUUUUGCCAUGGAAGCUGAUGAUCAAUUCCGGAAGAAACGAGAUGCUGAGAGGCUGUCAAGGUUGGAAGAGGAAGAAAGGAACCAUGUGGAGACUAGAAAAAGAAAAUUUUUUGCAGAAAUACUCAAUGCAGUCCGAGAGUUCCAAUUGCAAGUUCAGGCUACUCUUAAAAGGAGGAAGCAAAGGAAUGAUGGGAUUCAGGCAUGGCAUGGAAGGCAGAGGCAGCGGGCUACUCGGGCAGAGAAACUGAGGCUCCAAGCCCUGAAGGCUGAUGAUCAAGAAGCUUAUAUGAGAAUGGUAAAGGAGAGCAAGAAUGAACGACUUACAAUGCUUCUUGAAGAAACAAAUAAACUACUUGUUAACUUGGGAGCUGCAGUCCAGCGCCAAAAAGAUGCAAAACAUUCUGAUGGUAUUGAACCUUUAAAAGACUUAGAAGCUGAUUCGCCUGAGUUGGAUGCUUCAAGGAAUGAAAGUCCACUUGAUACAUGUCCCGAGGAAGAUGAAAUCAUUGAUUCUGAUGUUAAUGAUGAUAGUGGUGAUUUGCUUGAAGGCCAGCGACAGUAUAACUCAGCUAUUCAUUCAAUUCAGGAGAAGGUAACUGAGCAGCCAUCCAUACUUAAAGGUGGACAAUUAAGACCAUACCAGUUAGAAGGACUUCAGUGGAUGCUGUCUUUGUUCAACAACAAUUUAAAUGGAAUUUUAGCCGACGAGAUGGGGUUGGGGAAAACAAUACAAACAAUUUCGUUAAUAGCAUAUCUUAAGGAGACAAAGGGUAUCUGCGGGCCACACUUGAUAGUUGCUCCGAAGGCUGUGCUACCAAAUUGGGUCAAUGAAUUCUCGACAUGGAUUGAGGAGAAUGAGAUUAAAGCUUUUCUUUAUGAUGGACGUCUCGAAGAGAGAAAGGCCAUAAGGGAACAGUUAUCAAGAGAGGGGAACUUGCAGGUGUUGAUCACACAUUAUGAUCUAAUCAUGAGAGAUAAAGCUUUUUUGAAAAAAAUUCACUGGCAAUACAUGAUUGUUGAUGAAGGGCAUCGAUUAAAGAAUCACGAGUGUGCUCUGGCAAAGACUAUUGCAGGCUAUCAGCUUAAGCGCAGACUUCUAUUGACUGGGACUCCAAUACAGAACAGCUUGCAGGAACUGUGGUCCUUGCUUAAUUUUCUCCUCCCACAUAUUUUUAAUUCCGAGGACAAAUUUGAAGAGUGGUUUAAUGCUCCCUUCGCUGAUAGGGGUGAAGUUUCUCUUACCGAUGAAGAACAGCUAUUGAUCAUUCGUCGUUUGCAUAAUGUUAUAAGGCCAUUCAUUUUGAGGAGGAAAAAAGAUGAGGUGGAGAAAUAUCUUCCUGGGAAAUCUCAGGUUAUACUAAAAUGUGAUUUGUCAGCAUGGCAGAAAGUAUAUUACCAACAAGUUACGGAGAUGGGCAGGGUUGGGCUGCAAAAUGGAUCGGGAAAAUCAAAGAGUCUACAGAACCUUACAAUGCAGCUCAGGAAGUGCUGCAACCACCCGUAUCUUUUUGUUGGGGACUAUAAUAUGUGGAGGAAGGAUGAAAUCAUGAGAGCAUCAGGGAAGUUUGAGCUACUUGACCGCUUACUCCCAAAACUCCAUGCAACUGAUCAUAGAGUCCUGCUUUUUUCACAAAUGACUCGUCUUAUGGAUAUUCUUGAAAUUUACUUGCAACUUCAUGAUUACAAGUAUCUUAGACUUGAUGGCUCAACAAAAACUGAGGAAAGAGGAACUUUACUAAAGAAAUUCAAUGCUCCAGACUCUCCUUACUUCAUGUUCCUUUUGAGCACUCGUGCUGGAGGUCUUGGUUUGAAUUUACAAACAGCAGAUACUGUGAUAAUUUUUGAUAGUGAUUGGAACCCCCAAAUGGACCAGCAGGCAGAGGAUCGUGCACAUCGUAUUGGACAAAAGAAGGAAGUCAGGGUUUUUGUUUUGGUUAGUGUUGGAUCGGUUGAAGAGGUAAUCUUGGAGCGUGCAAAACAGAAGAAGGGCAUUGAUGCCAAGGUCAUCCAGGCUGGACUCUUUAAUACUACAUCCACAGCUCAGGACAGAAGAGAAAUGUUACAGGGCAUCAUGCGGAGAGGAACUAGCUCACUUGGAACAGAUGUGCCAAGUGAGAGAGAGAUCAACCGCCUUGCGGCCCGUUCUCAAGAAGAGUUCCGGAUUUUUGAGGAGAUGGACAAGGAAAGAAGAAAACAGGAGGAUUACAGAUCUCGUCUCAUGGAAGAGCAUGAGGUACCUGAAUGGGCAUAUCAAGCACCUGAUAGCAAGGAAGAUAAGGCCAAAGGUUUUGAGCAGAAUAGUACUGGUGUCUUGGGAAAGCGGAGAAGAAAGGAGGUGACAUACGGUGACACAUUAAGUGAUUUACAGUGGAUGAAGGCUGUUGAAAAUGGACAAGACAUAUCCAAAUUAUCAAGUAAAGGAAAGAAACAAGAACAUACUCGGUCUGAAGUUAAUGAUACUGCCAAUAAUAGUGCAGGAACGGAGAAAAAGGUUCUGGAAAUGAGGAAUGAUAACAUGCCCGUGGCAAGCGAGGGCACAAGCGAGGAUACCUAUGCUUCAGCCCCGAAAAGACCCCAGUCUGACGAGGCAGUCACUGAAAAAACAGACUAUCAGGUUUUAGAAAAACCUGAACAAGGUGUUGGGGGAAGUGGUUGGAACAGGCAAAUAUUUACAUGGAAUACUUACAAGAAGAAGAGAUCCAGUUAUGUUUUUCCAAGUUCAUCAUCGGACUCUAGAGGGCAGAAUUCCAACGUAAAAGGAAACGGGUGGGCUUGAUGUAAUUGAGCAAAAUGUCGUCACAUUUUUGUGAUGAGAUGGUCCAGAAGCAUCCCCAGGUCUUGGGUUGCUGCUCCAUUGCACCAGGCUUUGGUUGGGUGCUGUUGCUGGUGUCGUUUGACGUUGCCUCCUUUAAAUUAGUUGCUUCCAGUACUUGCUCCGAUUCUUCAUCUCUGUUGAUUCUAGCAUUUAUAACUUCGCUCAAACGUAAGCAGCCGAUGCAGCAUUUUCCCAAUUUAUGAAUAGCACCUCUCAUCAUCAUCAUCAUCAUCAUCAUCAUCAUUUUCAACAGCAUGCAUAAGGUGGUGGUCGGGUGGUGAAUCUAGAUGUCUGCAUGGGUAAUGACCACUCCUAUUCAUUGGCACCUGUAACAUAUUAGCACUAAUGUGAUGUUCCCUGAUUUAUGACAUGCACUUUUAUUCUUAUUA